AUGGAACAAUUUGGACGUGAAGUAAUAUCGAUCCAUAUUGGACAAGCAGGUGUACAAAUUGGAAAUGCUUGCUGGGAAUUAUAUUGCUUGGAACAUGGUAUUCAACCAAAUGGCAUGUUAUUGGAUGAUCAAAUGAUCGCUUCUGACAGUAAUUCAUAUAAUACCUUUUUCGCGGAAGCAAUUCAUGGUAAACAUGUUCCACGAGCGAUCUUCAUUGAUUUAGAACCGACAGUUGUAGAUGAAAUUCGAACUGGAACUUAUCGAUCGUUAUUUCAUCCCGAUCAACUUAUUACCGGAAAAGAAGAUGCUGCGAAUAAUUAUGCUCGUGGUCAUUAUACAAUUGGAAAGGAAAUUAUUGAUGUUUGUAUGGAUCGCAUUAGACGUAUGAGUGAUAUGUGUAAUGGUUUACAAGGAUUUUUAAUUUUUCAUUCAUUUGGUGGUGGUACUGGUAGUGGCUUCUCAUCUUUGCUUAUGGAACGCUUAUCCGUUGAUUAUGGCAAAAAAUCGAAACUUGAAUUUAGCAUUUAUCCAGCUCCAAGAAUUAGCACAGCAGUUGUUGAGCCAUACAAUUCAGUCUUAACAACUCAUACAACAUUGGAACAUUCUGAUUGCUCAUUUAUGGUUGAUAAUGAAGCAAUUUAUGAAAUUUGUCGAAAAACAUCACUACGAUUUGAUGGUGCAUUAAAUGUUGAUUUAACCGAAUUUCAAACAAAUUUAGUACCAUAUCCGCGGAUACAUUUCCCGCUUGCUACAUAUGCUCCAAUUAUUUCCAGUGAGCGUGUUUUCCACGAGCGACUAACGGUAUCUGAAAUAACAAGUCAGUGUUUUGAGCCUGGUAAUCAAAUGGUUAAAUGUGAUCCGAGACAAGGAAAAUUUAUGGCAUGCUGUUUACUUUUUAGAGGUGAUGUAUUGCCUAAAGAUGUUAAUGAAGCUAUAGCAUUAAUAAAAACGAAGCGUUCAAUUCAAUUUGUCGAUUGGUGUCCAACUGGUUUCAAAGUUGGUAUCAACUAUCAACCACCGACAGUUGUACCUGGUGGUGAUUUAGCAAAACUUCAACGAGCCGUUUGUAUGUUAGCUAAUACAACGUCAAUUGCUGAAGCAUGGGCUAGACUUGAUUAUAAAUUUGAUUUGAUGUAUGCAAAACGGGCCUUUGUUCAUUGGUAUAUUGGCGAAGGAAUGGAGGAAGGAGAAUUUGCGGAAGCACGUGAAGAUCUGGCAGCAUUAGAAAAAGAUUAUGAAGAAGUAGCUGUGGAUACUAAUUUUUGGUGA